AUAGUUGGAAAGUUUGUAUUUAUCGCAAUCAAUAGUUAUUAAAAAAUAAUGUUAACAUAACCAAUUUUAUUAUAUUACGCUGGUAUAUACGAAAUAUUAACGAAGUACGUGAAUAAUAAAAGUGUUUAAAAUAUGUUAUUGAUUUUUCAAUAGUUUGUGUAAACUUUACUGUGUGUGUCUUUAAAAUGCACAAUGUUACCGCAGAAAAAAUAUACAAACAUCAUCACCGCAUGUAAGACGAACUUAUAGCGUUAAUUAAGUACUUGGAGAAAUCAAAGCAUGAGUAAUCAAAAUGGGAAAGCAAAACAGUAAAUUGAAGCCAGAAGUCUUAGAGGACCUCAAACAAAAUACAGAGUUCACAGAUGCAGAAAUACAAGAAUGGUAUAAAGGAUUUUUAAAGGAUUGCCCCAGUGGGCAUCUCUCCGUUGAGGAGUUUAAAAAAAUAUAUGGGAACUUUUUUCCGUACGGUGACGCAAGUAAGUUUGCUGAGCACGUAUUUCGUACAUUCGAUGCCAACGGAGAUGGCACAAUUGAUUUUAGAGAGUUUCUAUGCGCGCUGAGCGUAACUUCACGCGGCAAAUUAGAACAGAAAUUAAAAUGGGCGUUCUCGAUGUAUGAUCUAGAUGGAAAUGGUUACAUUUCUCGACAAGAAAUGCUGGAAAUCGUCACGGCAAUUUAUAAAAUGGUUGGUUCAGUUAUGAAAAUGCCGGAAGACGAGAGUACGCCAGAGAAACGAACGGAUAAAAUAUUUAGACAGAUGGAUCGAAAUAAAGACGGUAAAUUAAGCCUCGAAGAGUUCAUUGAAGGGGCGAAGAGCGAUCCGUCAAUCGUUCGCUUAUUACAAUGUGAUCCUCAAACACAUUAACUUUUAUAUAUAUAAAAAGUUAUAACAAGCAAUAAACAAUUAAUCUCAAAUACAUGAAAAAUAAUAAAGUUAAACUUGAAAUUAAUAUAAAAA